GCACAUUUAAUGAAUUCAGCCCAAAAGUAUGCAAUACAUUUGAAGUACAUUUAACAUUUCUCUUUGAACCCAAACAUAAUGUGCAGCUGAAAAGUAUGCAACAAAAAAGUUAACAGAAGUGCCAUUCUGAGAAUGAGCUUAACAGUUGCCGUUGCUCGAGAGUGCCCGCAGUUUGAGAGCGACAACGAACGCGAACGGUUUGCACCUGUUGCCAGCGCGCUUUUUUACUCCAACAUCAUUUGUAGUGGAUCGGGUCUCGGGGUCGAUCACGCUUCAUGUUGUCGUGCGCCAGAUCUGUCGUUUACCGUUGGCUUACGUACUUGAGUGCCAAAGUUCAUCAGAAGCAGCAUAAUUGUUAUAUCUCGAAAAAAGAAAAGAAAUAAUAAUAAGCCCUCCAAAUUUCCAAUCAAGCAAAACUCAUGAAAUUUGACCGGAAAAUUAAAAAUCGUUUACGCCGAAUAGUGGCUCAGUGCAGUGUUGUGAAAAUCAGCUCUAAGGAUAUACGAAAACCAGACUCUGGUUAAGGCCUCGCAAAUUGAAUAGCUGAUCCAGUUAUUGAAGCCAAUUCGAUUCGAAGUAACUCGAUUCAUAAAGCAAUACAAGCCGCUUAGCCGCGGCAUGGAUAAGUCGCUGUCCAGGGGCAAAGUGUUAAAGAAAAGCAAACGAUAAAAACAAAAAACAACAACAUGAAAAUUUAUUAACCAAAACGAAGUUAACCAAAAAAAAGAAAGCAAAACAAGUAAGAUGCUAACGAGCAAAGGUCUGUAAGCAGACCAAGUGAAGCACUGAAAGUAAUUACAAGUCAAGAACAAUAAUAAUAAGCAGAGCUGGCAACAUGAGCAGCCUGUCAGCAGCAGCAGCAGCAUCCACAGAAGCAACAGCACCAGCAGCAGCAGCCACAACAACAACAGCAAAUGCUGCAACAACGGGCAACCUGGAGCCAGCGGUGGUGCCACGUACCGCCAAUUUGCUGGCAUGCAAACAAUGGUGGCGCGUCUGCUUCUUGUAUGGCGACCAGCAGAAAUAUUAUCGACAGCUCUAUAGCAAGGCGGCUGCCCAGCGACUGGCGGCCAGCGGCAGCGCCAACGAGGCUAAUCAUGAAAAUGACAAUGCCAACGGCAGCAACAGCAACAGCAACAACAAUAACUGCCAAUUGACGGGAACGGUCGAUGACUACGAUACGGUUGGCAUUGGCUAUGGCUUUAGCGAUUUUAUCGCAGCGCAAUUAGAUGCCAACGAAGAUGCGGACGAUGGCAUCGAUCUGGGCGAUAGCGGCCAACAGACGAGCAGCCACAGCAAAAAGCGCCUUGCAACUGCUGCUGCAGCUCCAACAUCGAAUCGUCCGCUGUUUCCCGCCAAAUGCGAAACCUCGACAACAACGCCGAGGCGCAGUAAAAAGCUGCUACGCUCGCUGCGUGCCCAUGUCAAGGGCGAGGGAAAGCACAAAGACUCGAAAGAGUCCAAGGAACAAAAGGAGCAGCAACAAUCGCAGCAGCAGCAGUCGCAGGAUGAACCAACUCAGAGGAAUGCCAAGGUGACGGUGCUCGAUGACCCGUUUCUCUUUGGCAUCGAUGCAGAUCACUUGGGCGAUCUGAUACGUGGCAAAAACUACAAUCCAACCGAUGCCACCGAGCACAUAGCGAAGUACUACAGCAUGGAGCUUGAAUCGGCGUGCACGGCGCAGGUGUUGGAGAUCAUUGAGCAGUCGGAGGAGGAGCUACUGGAGGAGCCGAAGCCAGCGUUGCCACCGAAGCAGAAGCAGCAACGUGCAGCACCACCGCCACCCGCACGCACAACAACAACAGCGACUGCAACUGCAACAGUUUCGGCACCGUUGCAACCGUUGACCGACAGUGAUCUUAAGUUUCUGAAUUUGAGCCUGCGACAGCGAAGUUUGCCGCGCAGCAUGAAGCCGUUUAAGGAUCCGCAUGAUAUCAGUUUCACUUUCAAUGAGCUGGACAGCUCCGUCAUUUCGGAGGCCGCUCAACUGACACCGGAAGUGGUUGUCGGCAAUUGUGAAGCGGCCACAGGAGCAGCGGCCGGAGUUGAAGGAGCAGCCAAUGGAUCCUCUCAGCAGGAGCCAAAUGAGCCCAUCAGCCGAACGCCGCUAACGCAGAUUUCGUAUCUGCAGAAGAUCCCAACGUUGCCGCGUCACUUCUCGCCCAGCCAUGGCCAACAGCCUGGUGUUGGUGCUGGCACAUUGCCGCUGCCGUUGCCCCCGGCAUUGGGCAACUUGGGUCUGCCCAGCAGCUCAUCGGCGAGCGCAUUGUAUGGGGCACAGAAUGCGGGCAACAUGUUGCCCACAUCGCCAUUGCCGCUGCAACGACAUCAGCAAUACUUGCCGCCCCAUCAUCAGCAGCUGCCACCGAUGCAGUUGCCCGCUGGUCCACCUGGUGCCGCAUCCACACAGUAUUCGCCAGCUGCCUCGGGCUGCUCCUCGAACUCCAAGUAUUCGAAUUCCUCGCUGAAGCAAACGCAUGGUCAUCCGCAUCCACAUCAGCAGCAUCAACAACAUGGACAGCAUGGCCAUCAUCAGCUGUCACCGGCGCUAUCGACACCCUCGCCACCAUCGCUGCUGCAUCAUCCAGCCGCGGGCUCCUCGUCAGCGUCGGCACAUGCACCAUUCUUGGCCGGCCCGCACAUGGAUAUCCAGCGACAAUCGCACUCGGACGAUGACAGCGGCUGCGCGCUCGAGGAGUACACUUGGGUGCCGCCUGGCCUGCGACCAGAUCAGGUACGCUUGUAUUUCUCCCAAAUACCCGACGACAAAGUGCCAUACGUCAACAGUCCCGGAGAGCAGUAUCGUGUGCGACAAUUGCUGCAUCAACUGCCGCCGCAUGAUAACGAGGUUCGUUACUGUCACUCACUGACGGAUGAGGAGCGCAAGGAGCUGCGCCUGUUCUCCACACAGCGCAAACGUGAUGCACUUGGUCGCGGCAAUGUCCGACAACUGAUGAGUGCCCGUCCCUGUGAUGGCUGCGACGAACUGAUUUCCACUGGCGACAUCGCUGUGUUUGCCACGCGACUGGGACCAAAUGCCAGCUGGCAUCCUGGCUGCUUUACCUGCUGCAUUUGCCGCGAGCUGCUCGUGGAUCUCAUCUACUUUCAUCGCGAUGGACGCAUGUACUGUGGCCGUCAUCAUGCCGAGACGCUCAAGCCGCGUUGCUCUGCCUGUGAUGAGAUUAUCCUGGCGGAUGAGUGCACCGAGGCCGAGGGACGUGCCUGGCACAUGAAUCACUUUGCCUGCCACGAGUGCGACAAGCAACUCGGAGGCCAGCGUUACAUCAUGCGCGAGGGGAAACCGUACUGUCUGCUCUGCUUCGACGCCAUGUUCGCCGAGUACUGCGACUAUUGCGGCGAGGCCAUUGGCGUCGACCAGGGCCAGAUGAGUCACGACGGUCAGCACUGGCAUGCCACCGACGAGUGCUUCUCGUGCAACACCUGCCGCUGCUCGCUGCUGGGUCGCGCCUUCCUACCGCGCCGUGGCGCCAUCUAUUGUUCGAUAGCUUGCAGCAAGGGCGAGCCGCCAACGCCCUCGGAUAGCUCCGGCACUGGCAUGUACACCACGCCCACGCCGCCUGCACAGCGUGUGCGGCCGCAGCAGACGCGCAUACCGAGCAGCCACGCCUCCAGCUCUCCGCCCAUGUCGCCACAGCAGCAGCAACAGCAUCAGGCCAGCUUCAAUCAGGCCAUGUAUCAGCUGCAGAGCCAGCAACUGGCCGCAGGCGUUGGCAACGAGGCAGCCGGCGGUCUGUUGGUGUCACAUGGCAAGCAGAGUUAUCCCACCUCGGAUUCGGAUGCGGGCGUCGUCAAGGAUCUGGAGCAGAGUCGACACAAUGCUGGAGGCGAUUUCACCGAUUUCUCCAGCUCGCAAAAUAUGUCGCCGCUGAAUUCGCCCGGCGACUUUCAACCGCAUCUGAUGCCAAAGCCCAUGGAGCUGCAACGCGACGGCGUCUACAACUUCAACGAGAUGGCCACCAAUUUGGAUGCCGCGUGGCCCGCCAAGCCGCCGCUGGGCGCUGCACAUGGCUAUCAGAUGCAACGACAGCUGCAACAGGUCUCCAAAAUGGAGAACUCCAUCACCUCCAGCAUGCCAGAGUUGGGCGUCAGCGGAGUGCAGCACAUGGCACACUUUGGCCAGCCGCUGCCCGCUGCUCCACCGCUGCAUGCCUCCGCUCAGCAGUUCCAUGCGUCGCAGCAUGAGUAUGCGGACAUUAUGCAUCCACCGCCACCGCCGCCAACAACGUGCGGCGAGCUACCCGAGCUGCCCACGCCCAAUCUGAGUGUUGCGUCCACGGCGCUGCCGCCGGAGCUGAUGGGUUCGCCUACGCAUUCAGCAGGAGAUCGUUCGCUAAACACGCCACUGUCCACGCAGUCGGCCACACAGCCGCCCACGCAUCCCGUGUCCAUACUGAGCGGCGGCUCCUCAUCCUCGCCCAUGAGCGGUGAGCCGGGCAAGAAGAAGGGCGUCCGCUUCGAGGGCAUUCCCGACACCUUGCCGCGCUCCCGAAGCUACUCGGGCAAUGGCGCCGGCACCAGCGGCAGCGGUGGGGAACGAGAGCGUGAACGAGACAGAGAUCGGGAGCGUGAUAGAGAUGGCAAUCGACAUGGACAUGGACAUGGGUCGCGUCGGCGUCGACGUCGCAAGUCGUCGAGUCAUCAUCGCAGCGGCAGCGGUCAUCGCUCGCAUUCCACAACCCGUGCAGACACCUAUGCGCCGGCCCAGCCAUUGUCCUCCUCCUACCAAGGUCCGCCAUCGGUGCUGCAGACAACGACAAUGGCAGACAGCGAGGCGAUGACGUUGCCACACAAAUCGCCGCGGCAUCAGCGUGAGAGAGAGCGAGAAAGGGAACGAGAACGAGAACGCGAAGAAUCGGAGGAGUCGGAUGUGUGUUCCACGUGCUCAUCGAGUUCGUCUAGCUCCGAGGAUUACAUGAUGAUGUACCAGCUACCGCAACGGCGACACUAUGGCGGCGUUCGCGUCAGCUAUGUGCCCAACGAUGCGCUCGCCUACGAUCGCAAGCGCAAGCCCUCGGACAUGGCCGGCGAUAAGGACAAGAACUGCAUAAUCUCGUGAUGGUCGCCGGCAGCCAUUUUAAUUAGCGCUGAUUGCGCGGCAGCUGCGCCAGCAACCUGGCGCGUUUGUGGUCGUUAAUAAAUGAGAUGUGCCAGGGGCCAGGUUGCUAACGAAGCAGCCACCAGGUGGGCAUCAAUUAUUAAUGCACAAGGAUUAUGGACAGUGGCAGAUACAAAUACGAAUGCAAAUAGCAUUCGAGAUACAAAUAGAAGUCUAUCUACAGAUACAGAUUUACAAAUAGCAAUAGAGAACUCUCAUAUCCCGCACUCAACAAAGCAAUAAAGUUCAACUUGAGUUUAAGGCGCCUAGUUAAGACCCCAAAUCACAAUAUGGAACCCCCUACCAAGUGGGUCUCAAUGCUGUUCCAAAAAAAACAAACAUAAGAGAA